AUGGCCGACCAAACACCCAGCAACGCACCACGUCUACGUCUCCCCAGCGCCUCUCCCACCGCCAGCGACGAUGCCUCCUCCACCACCUCCCCAGCUCGUGGAGCGGAAAUGCGCAACUUCCUCCAGGCCCGUCUCCAAAAGAACCGCGCACCCCCACUGGUCCACAGCUGGGACUUCUACCACGACCGUCAAGACCGCACCAAAGCCACCAACCUCAGCAACGUCUCGCAAACAACCACAACGGACGACCCCAGCUCUUUCACCCACGGCAAUGGUAAGCAGGACGAAGACGACUACUCCACCCGCCUGGAACACCUCGCCAUCAUCGACGACGUCCGCAAAUUCUGGAACGUCUUCAACAACUUCGACACCACCCACCUCGUCUUACGGGACAGCAUCCACCUCUUCCACCACCACAUCCGGCCCAUCUGGGAAGACCCGCGCAACCUCUCAGGCGGAAGCUGGACCUUCCGCGUCCCGAAAUCCCUCGCCCCGGCCUUUUGGCAAGAGAUCUGCCUCCUAGCCAUAGGCGAGCAAUUACAGACUGCUGUGGAGGAGGAAGGGAGGAAGGAGUUCCGGGAUGAUAUCUGUGGGGUUUCGUUGGGGAUCUGGAAUCGGGACGGUGGGCAUGAAGACGGGAUUCAGAGGGUGUUGGGGGUGGUGAUGGAGGCGUUGAGUGAGGAUUUGAAGCCGAGAGAGGGGAGCUUCUAUUAUAAGAGGCAUAGUGAGCAUGCUGGAUAUGCUGUGCCGGAGGUCAACGGGAAGGAUGGUAAGGGUAGCAGUAGCAGUAGUAGUAGACCUGGAACGAGUACGGGGGCGAGCAUUGAUGCUGUGUUGGCUGAAGGUGGGUCGUGA